GCCCCCCAAACCAGCGGAGGCCCCAGCCCCAGGAGAUGGCCGGGAGCAGGAGGCAGGGGUGGUGUCUGCGGGGCGGAGUGGGGAGGAGGAGGAGGAGGAAGCCUUCCUCAUCAGCCUCUACAAGUUCAUGAAGGAGAGGCAGACGCCCAUCGAGAGGAUCCCCCACCUGGGCUUCAAGCAGAUUAACCUCUGGAAGAUCUACAAAGCCGUGGAAAAACUGGGAGCCUACGAGUUGGUGACAGGACGCCGGCUCUGGAAGAACGUCUACGACGAGCUGGGGGGCAGCCCGGGCAGCACCAGCGCUGCCACCUGCACCCGCCGGCACUACGAGAGGCUGGUCCUCCCGUACGUGCGGCACCUCAAGGGGGAGGAGGACAAACCCCUGCCCCCCAGCAAGCCCCGCAAGCAGUACAAGGGCUCCAAGGCCACCCAGGGGGGUGAGAAGACCAAGAGGACCAAGAAGGAGAAGGGCCAGGAGCAGGUUCCUCCAGACAAGGUGAAGGUGGAGGUGGCCACCAGCGUGGAGACCACGAGGGACACGGAGGACACGAGGGACAAGGGAAGGUCCAGCCCAGUGGUUCCAAGCCCCUCAGGGGUGUGUCCUGGUCCCUGCCAGCCCCACCCAGAACCUGCCAGGUGCCUCUUCUCCAGCUUCUACUCCAAAGGCAACCACCCCAUCAUGUCCCCACUGGCCAAGAAGAAGCUGCUGGCCCAGGUGACCAAAGCUGAGUCCUUGCACUGCCACAAGCACCCGGAGCCUCCCCAGCUGCCCCCUGCUCCCCACCACCACCAGGAGCAAAGGUGCCCAGAGCCAUCAGGAGCUCAGGAUACCGCUCCCGACGUGGUGGGACCCAUUCCCAGUGGAUCUCCUGGUGGGAGAGAGGAGGAGAGGGCUCCCCCCACCACCACCUUCACCGGCUGCUUCCACACCUACCACAACGAGGGGCUGAAGCCCCCUGGCUCCCCCCCUCUCUGGGGGGGUUAUUUCUCCAGCUUGAAGGAUUUUUUGGAGCCAACUUCCAGCUUCCCAACUCAACCAGAGGAACCCCAAGACCUGAGGAGCAAAGCGUGGAACAGGGAGAACCAGGGAGCUGGGACCACCACCCUCAGGGCCUGCUGGGUGCCCCCCAGGACCGGGUUUGUCCCCACGGGCAAGCGCAGCUGGGAGGAGGAAGAGGAGGAGGAGGAGGAGGAAGAGGAAGAAGAGGAGGAAGAGGAGGAUGGGGAGGUGGCUUUGGGAUCCAAGAUAGGUGCCACUCCCCACUAUGGCAAAGAUGUCAGGGACGUGGGGGUGGCCAAACCCAAGGCAGUGGUGGCCAAGGGUGGCUACGUGGUGCCACCAGCCCCAGCGGGUUACACGGGGGCCAUGUUGUAUUUCCCAGCCAGUUUUGGCAACUUGCCAGAGCACCUGAAAACCCAAGGGGUGCCCCUGGCACCAUCCCUCUCCUCCAUCAACCCCUUCAUCAUCCCAGCCUUCCCCAGCCCUUUGGUAGCCACUUCUUCUUCUACCCAACCUUCUGAGCUGGUGACCAGAUCUCUGGUGACCAACCCCGGGCACUACCCCGUGUCCUACCAGAGCUCCUUGAGGGGACAGGGGCUCUACCCAGGGGGGAGGUGGCACAGCCAACCCCCCUCCACCCCAGCCUUCCACCACCACACCAAGCUGUAGCUCCUGUCCCCUCAGGGAGGUGUGGGCACCACUUCAGAGGAGACAAUCUGGAUGGUGGCAGUUUUUUUUACUCUUCAGCUUUUGUAUCCAUCAACGACUUAACCAUGAAUACCCAGGGGUUUUAUAUAUGUGUAUCUAUGUAAAAACAGAAAACUGAUCUAUUAAACAUACACAGAGAAUCAGGGAGCCAAACGAGUUGUGGGGGUUGACUCCAUUCUAGAAGACCAUUCUCCUAGAAGAUGGUUUCUGUUUUCCACAGGAGGUUGAGCAGGGUGAUUCCCAUCCCAUCCACGGAUGCUUGGCAACUCCCUACGCCCCCCAGCUAUGCAACGUUUUGGAGUUUAAUGAUAUUUUUUAAUGAUUUUGCCUCCAUUUAGGGGUUCUGAAGGGUCUGGAGGGUCUGGCUGCUCCUGCAAAGAUAGCACCCAAAAUAAAACCAAACGAAUGGU